CACAUCUCCGGCCUUUACGUCUACUACUCUACUUUCAUAUUCAUUUCUUUAAAACCAGUCGAUCAUUAGAUAACGGUUAUCUAGCUACAAUAGUCCUCGAGCAUACAGACUUCAAUGGCAAAACCCCGAAGAUCUUGGUUUGGUGUUGUCCGUAGAAAGUUUCUCCGGUCUUCUUCACGUCCCAGCGAGACCAUCAUUGUUCUCCAUACCAACAAUACAACAUUUUCUCAAGAGCAACCACCGCCACCGCCUCCAUCACCACCACCAUCAACUCCCGUCACAAUCGAUGAUAAUGUUUGUGACACCCCAUUGGUCAAAGAAAUGGCUGCAGCCACUAAAAUCCAAACUUGCUUUCGAAGGCACCUCGCGCGGAGAGCAUAUAAGGCAUUGAGGAGUCUUGUGAAGCUGCAAGCAGUAGUAAGAGGAGCUUAUGUUCGGAGGCAGUCUCGUAUAGCAUAGAAUGCAUGCAUGCACUCGCACGGCUUCAGGUGGUAGUUCGGGCUCGCCAGCUUCAGCUUAUUACUUCUAAUUAAUGUGAAAGUGCAAGAGUUCUGAGUUUAAAUCUCACAAUUGUGUAUUUGUAAUGGAACCUAGCUUUGG